CAUCCGCCAUCAUAUCUUGGCUUGUCAGUUGUUAUUUUAUUUACACAUUUCAACGUAUUUCGAUUAAUAAAAGUCGUCUUAUUUUUUAAGUUAAUAUAAAACAUGCUAGCAAGAUAACAUUUGCUAAAAAUUUAAAUACGUGUUACGUAAUAGUUUUUACUGUGCCUUCAAAAUGGCUAUGUCCAAAUCUACAAACACGUACAAUCGUCAAAAUUGGGAAGAUUCUGACUUUCCAAUUUUAUGUCAGACUUGUCUCGGUGAUAACCCCUACAUUCGUAUGACUAAAGAAAAAUAUGGCAAAGAGUGUAAAAUAUGUUGCCGCCCUUUCACCGUUUUCCGUUGGUGUCCCGGUUCAAGAAUGCGUUUUAAGAAGACGGAGAUUUGUCAAACAUGCUCCAAAUUGAAAAAUGUUUGUCAAACAUGUCUUUUAGAUUUAGAAUAUGGUUUGCCUAUUCAAGUAAGGGAUGCUGCUCUUAAGAUUCAAGAUGACCUACCUCGUAAUGAAGUGAACAAAGAGUACUAUAUUCAGAAUCUAGACAGUCAGAUGUCUAAGUUUGAUCCAACGCAGCCUAGUAACUCAGCUUUGAAAUCUAAGGGUGCUUCAGACUUAUUAUUGAGAUUAGCAAGAACUGCACCAUAUUAUAAAAGGAACAGACCACAUGUGUGCUCAUUUUGGGUAAAAGGAGAAUGUAGGAGAGGAGAGGAAUGUCCUUACAGACACGAAAAGCCUACAGAUCCUGAUGACCCUCUGGCAGAUCAAAAUAUCAAGGACAGGUACUAUGGUGUCAAUGACCCUGUAGCAGAGAAGCUGAUGAGACGUGCAGCUGCAAUGCCAGCACUCCCACCACCGGAGGACAGGACUGUUACCACAUUGUACAUUGGAAACUUACCCGAUAAUGUCACUGAAGAUGAACUUAAAGGACAUUUCUAUCAGUAUGGAGAGAUAAGAUGUUUAACCUUAGUGCCAAGAGCUCAGUGUGCAUUUGUACAGUACACAACAAGGACUGCGGCUGAGCAUGCUGCGGAGAAGACAUUCAAUAGACUGGUCAUUGGAGGGAAAAGAUUGACUAUUAAGUGGGGCAAGUCUCAAGGUCGACAAGGUGUGAACGAGAAGAGUGAUUUGCCUGCGCUGGAGCCUGUGCCAGGGCUGCCCGGAGCGCUGCCACCUCCGCCGCCCGCCUUCCUCCAUCCCUUCCCGCCACAGAUGCCGCCGCCGCCGAACCGUCCAAACGAUUUCUUCAACCUGCAGCACUACGCGAAUCCGGGCUGGGGCUGGGCGCCGCCGCCCGGCCUGCACUACCCCAGCCAGGACCCCGCACGUCUCGGUGCGCAUGCGCAUGCCAACGCGCCGCAGACAUAGGACACAAUGCAAGGAACUAUCCAACGAAUUGUCACUUUUUAAAGAUUCUUCCUUAUUUUUAUACAAAGUAGCAAUUUCAUAUAAUAUUAAGUAACUGUCUUGGGCAAAGGACGAAAUGCAGAAUACAGCCCCUCUAGAUAAAGUGCAUUCGUUACGAAGCGAAUCCAUAACGAAUGUAUAGAACUGACAAAAACUUUCGAUAAGUCACAUGAUUAUCCCGCUUCAGUUCCAUACAUUUGCAGUUAGCUAUGGAAUCGCUUCGAAGCGAAUGCAUUUCUAUCUUUGGUAAGGUGACAUUAAGCCAUUUGAGAAAAAAAUCGUGAUUUUAUUACUGACCAAUUACUUUAGUUAUAUUGAUUCAUGAAAAUGUUUUCAUUAUAUGACUUUGUAGUACAUACAUUUGUACAUCAAUGUGUAUAAUGUAAUUAAUAGAAUAGGUUUAAGUUUCAUGUAACAUAAGAAAUUUUCAAUAAAAACUUUUUAGACA